GCUUGCCAGGGCCGCUUUUGGUUCGAUAAACCACCGUGGACACUCAUUGGUCACGUAAACGCGUCAUUUUAAAGUCUGCACUGAUUGGUCCUUGUUACUUCCGCCAAUGCCGGAAGUUAGCUGUAGAAGUCACGAUGAGCACUCGUUUGAAGGUCCUAAGCGUGUUUAAAACGCUGCACAGAACAAGGAUGGCUGUGUUUAAAGAUGAUGAAAAAGCACUUUCGGCCGCAAGGUUAAAGAUCAACGAGGAGUUCCGGAAAAACAAAAAUGAAAGGUCAGAAGAAAAUAUUGUGAAGAUGAUCAAAAUGGGCUCAGAUGUAGAAGUUGUUCUUCGAGAGACUGUGCUACAAAUGGAACAUGCAGGAGAAAACAGGCUCUUGCUCCGACCCAGAGAAAGCCUGAUGCUAGAAAAUGUGCCCUACUGUGACCAACCCAGGAAAAAAUCAUGACAGAUCUGAGGACAUUUUUUUUCAUAAAACAACAGACUCACUACCCUCCAUUACCACCUAUACACAUUUUAAAGUCAUCAACCAAAAACUAACAACAUUUCAAGUUUCAAGGUGAGGGUCUCCUGAAUGAAGAACAUUGUAAAGAUGAGUACCACAUGAAAAAUUGCCUGUUUUUGUCUCACCUGUGUUGAAAUCUGUGCUGUGAACUGAAUGCCAUAAUUUCAUGUACAGCGUUUUAUGGAAUGUAUUUGAAAUGUGUUUUCAUUUGAUUUGAAAGUUUUCUGCUUGCUUUUCAGUAGCUUCUGAUUUAAUAAACUAGAAAAUGUUACUUCACCACUA